ACCAGCGCCAUAAGCACAAGGCGGAGCUUGAAUAUUGAACUUGUUACGGUUUGUCUGCAGUGGUACCAUCAUAACACUGCAAUAUGAAGACGCACUCAUGUGACCGCCGCCCCCUCCAUCCCUGCACAAGUGAAAGGUGCUGUAACUGGGGAAGGAGGUAGACAUGAGGCAUAAAGGAGGAAGGAUGCCAGCCCUGUCCCUCAUCCUUCUGCAUCUUCCACUGCAGCCAGCAUCAGACUAAAGGAAAAACAGAAAAUGGCUCAGUCUGUGAGGAGACCAGAGACUCUGGGAGCCGUGAACCUUGAGCCCCAGAGGGACAAAACUAGGACUAGCUACUUCUGCAAUGUGAAGACCAGGUUGGGAUCCAAGCUGCCUGCUGGCGUCUCGCAGCCUCCACAGUUUGCUAAGCCCCCCUGGGAGACACAACCUCGAGGCCAAAUGAUCCAAGAGGCCACAGUCAGCGGCCGGCUCCAGAACAAACCCAUUGCCGCCCGGCCUCUCAACCACGUCCCUCACAUCAGAAACCCCAAGCUGCGACAGUACUACCUGCAAGGGACUUCAUGGGAACUAAACAAUACUGGAGUGACAAAAGAGCAAGUGGGUGGACUGUCAGAUGACAGGGGUCUCCCCGGAGACACGGUGUUCAGUGUUUCAUCCAAGUUCAAUGGUACUGGUUCGACCCCCACACAACUCAGCUCAUCUGCUCCCCUCAUAACUGCAGAGCAGCUGGUCAUGAAGGGGAAAAAGGCCGUCCCCAGCGAAGGAUCGUCUCCCCCGGGACGGGGCUCGGGCGUCGAACGUCAAAAGAAGCUGGAGGCUGACGUAGGCCCAGACUCCCAACCUGCAGAGAAGCUGGAGGCAGACGGAGCCCAGAGCUGUUUCGAAACACUUGCGGCUCAGCCUCAGUCGCCGUCACCAGAGGCAGAAUAUGACAAACUGCUGGAUGUGGAGGCGGUGCCACUGCCUGACGGACAGCUCUGCUUGUUGGCUCUUCCACCUGAGUGCUGUCAGGGGGAGGGACCAGAGGCCACGCCGUACCUCAAACUGUUCUGCCGCUACAUAACUGACCGCAAGGGCGUGGUUUCAGGCAUCCUGCUGGUGACUUCUAAUAAAAUCUUCUUUGACCCGUGUAAAACUCACCCUCUGGUGACGGAGCAUGGCUGUGAGGAGUAUCUACUGUCUUGCUCUGUUGACAGUUUGGCAUCCGUCUCCUUCUUCUCUGACAUUUCACAUAUGCAUUUCACCACCUUCCAGCAGAGGAAAAAAGAAAAAAGUAUUUUCCAGAAGCUGAAAAAUGCUAAAAGUAGGUUAGGCAGCCUUCCGAACCACAAGGUGGCGGAGUCCACUCCUGGCCCGGUGUCUGCCGCUCCAUCCAAUUUGCCCAGUGUGGCUUUCAGCUUUAGCAAAGAGGUUUGUGAGGACGAAGAGGCAGAGAGCAGAGACAUGGCGGAGGUGGAGCAGGAGCUGGAGAACAGCCCUCACGAGGAGCUGUCUUCAGGUGGGCUGGAUGUCCUGAGCAGUGCUGCCACCUUCUGCUGUGGAGGUCAAGAGUCCAUGGGUCAAGGGAAGACGGAGCUGCAGGACACAAAGACACUUCGGAUGUCGUCAGCAGGAAGCCUCGGGGGGGUGAUGUUUGUGCGGCUGCGGGUUCAGCCGACUCCAGGGAAGAAGAGGGGUUUGGGAAGUUUGCAGACGAGGUCAUCAAAGUCCUCGCUGAGGAGGGAUGCCUGGCUCGCACUGUCACAGGAGAGCUCCGACGAGCUGCGUGCCUACCUGAAGCAUUGUCGGCCAGACUUGCGUAUACUUGAGGGAGAGGAGGAGGGCGAAGCAGAACAUGACGAAGAGGGGUUUGUUCUCAUUGAGGACAAAGAGGAGGAGGAAGAGGAGGAGGAUGAAGAGAUGUUCCAGAGGCACCACAGCUCAGGGGAUGACUGGGAGAUGGUGUUGAUGAUGGAAGAGGGCAAGGACAAGCCGGCCCCGGCCGUUGACCGGGACCCUGAGGGGUUCAAUGCUAUCCUGGAGAGCAGCCACAUUCUGGAGGCCUCGCACAUCAGAGACCUGUGGAAGGAACUGCCCCCCAGGACAGUUGGCCACACGUGUCAGCUGGCUUACAGCACGUCCCGUCACGGCGCCAGCCUCAAGUCUCUUUACAGAAGACUCGGUGCAGCAGACUGUCCCGUGCUGAUACUCAUAAAAGACGCGCUUGAUGAGGUCUUUGGGGCGUUCCUCUCUCACCCUCUGAGACCCAGUGAGAUGUUCUACGGUACCGGAGAGACCUUUCUCUUCAUGUUGCAUCCUCGCUUCAAGUGUUUCAAGUGGACCGGAGAAAACUCCUUUUUCAUUAAAGGAGACUUGGACUGCUUUGCUAUCGGUGGAGGCAGCGGCCACUUUGGGCUGUGGGUGGACGAGAACCUGUACUUGGGCCGCAGCAGCCCCUGCUACACGUUCAACAACUGCUGCCUCUCAGAAAACGACGACUUCCACAUCAUGGAGCUGGAAGUGUGGACGUUCAGCUGAACAGACACUUUCUCCCCGAUUGACUUCAUCGCUGCUGAUGGGCUUCAAGCGAAAAAGACAAACCUUCUCCGUCGUUUCAUGAUAACAUCCAUAUAGGAUAAUGAGCACAAACUGCUGGAUUUAUCACAAACGGCUGAUCUUCAACAGCUCGCUGUCCCAGAGUCGUUCUGAUGGUGGACUCAUUCCUGUGGGUUUGGCGGCCAAACAUGAAUCCUGCUGAAGUGAGUGGAGCUCAACCGCAAUGAAACCAGAUACUUUUAAUCCCCUUUUUUUAAAUUACACAUCUCAGAAAAACGCACUCUGCUCUUAAUGUGAAUCUGAAAUUUAAAAAUACUGCAUUUCGUCAUUUAUGCAAAACAGCGUUGCACCUGUCCCCUCAAUGCAUGCAGUCAUUUAGUUCAUAAUAGAGGUUUUAACACAUUAAUCCAACUGUGAAAGGGUUUCUGAACUGCAUGUGCCAUAGCACACAGUCGCACAAGUACUUUACCCUUUUCUGUAGCCAUUAAUCUCCAUCCUCAUGGCUUUUCCAUCUAUCACCGUCACACAGCGGACGUUAACGUUGACCUCUUGGAGCAACAGUGCAGGAAAAGCUUCUGAGAAGAUCCUCCGUCAUGACCCUCCUGUGGUUUUCAUAUGAAGUGCUGAGUCAGACACCACUGCGUUUUCUGAACAUGUGAGAAAAACCCUGAAGAAUUUCUUUGCAUCCGUGCAGUUUAGUCCCUCAGCUGUGAGCUGCACACGCUCUCAGCUCUCCUCUGAUAUGCUUUGCUUUGGUUGUCCAGUACUGUGGAUUAGUGAAUAAAAAUUAACACUAUGUGAA